CCGCGCGGUGGCGUGUGGGUAGGCGGUGCCGGUUGCGCCUGCGCGUUGGGCUCCUGCCUGCGGGAAGAUGGUGCUCAUCAAGGAAUUCCGAGUGGUUCUGCCGUGCUCUGUGCAAGAGUACCAAGUUGGGCAACUUUAUUCUGUGGCUGAAGCCAGUAAGAAUGAAACGGGUGGCGGCGAAGGGAUUCAAGUCUUAACGAACGAGCCUUACGAGAAGGACGGUGAAAAGGGACAGUUUACGCACAAGAUCUACCACUUGAAGAGCAAAGUUCCUGGGUUUGUGCGGAUGUUUGCUCCGGAAGGCUCGCUGGUAUUCCACGAAAAGGCCUGGAACGCGUACCCGUACUGCAGGACGAUCGUAACCAAUGAAUAUAUGAAAGACGACUUCUUCAUCAAGAUUGAGACUUGGCAUAAGCCGGACUUGGGGACGUCAGACAACGUGCAUGACCUGGACCCAAGUACUUGGAAGAAUGUGGAAGUUGUCCACAUUGACAUCGCAGACAGAAGCCAAGUGGAGCCAGGAGACUACAAAGCUGACGAGGACCCGGCGUUGUUCCAGUCAGUCAAGACCAAGCGAGGGCCCUUGGGGGCCGACUGGAAGAAAGAGCUGGCAGCUGACGAAGAGUGUCCAAAAAUGUGUGCUUACAAGCUGGUGACAAUCAAGUUUAAGUGGUGGGGGCUGCAGAACAAAAUAGAGAACUUUAUUCAGAAGCAAGAAAAGAGGAUAUUUACCAACUUCCAUCGCCAGCUCUUCUGCUGGAUCGACAGGUGGAUUGACCUCACUAUGGAGGACAUCCGGCGGAUGGAGGAUGAAACGCAGAGAGAGCUGGAAGCGUUGCGUAACCAAGGAGAAGUAAGAGGAACAAGCGCUGCCAACGACGAAUGAAGAAAACUCUGUCCGGUCACACGUGUGGCAUGCUGAUCCACCUGUGUGUGUGUGUGUGGGUGGAUGCACGAUUCUUUGCACAUACAGUUGUGCAUGCAUGCACACACACAUGGGGGGUGCACACUUGUGCUGAGGGGCUGCUACAGUUUCUCCGAGGUACUGAAACUCUUCCAGAAAGGAAACUGCUUUCAUUGUGUAUAUCCAAAGCUAACAAAGCUCCCUAGUGACAUUGAAGGGAAGAAGAGAUGGCUGAAUUAUGAUGUUAAUUGGUAUGUUUCAAGACUGUUGAUGCUGGACCAAUUCAUGCCUCUUUUAUGCCCUCCCCUCCCCUUGAUCGUCUUUCUCUCCCCCUGCCCUGCUAUCACUUGCCUCGUCUUCAUUUAUGCUAAUAGAUGUGGAUCAGCAAUUAUAUCCUCAUUUUGUGUUAUCCCUUCAUGAUUUUGGAAUAGGAACUCUGAAUGUAUUUAUAGCUAUUUAUUUCUGGACUGUCACUAUCUUGGAAUCAAAUCAGAAACGGUUCUUGUAGUAAGAAUCAAAUUUUUUGCCCUCGAGAGAGAAAUACAAGCCCAGCUACUAUCCAUCUGCUGCAAAAAGGCCAAUUUACUGGAGUUUUGUAUACUGAAAAUGAAAUGUUCCUUCAUUAAAGUUGGGAA